AUGUCGACGAACGUGGAAACACGAGCGCCAAGUAGGCGAAAAUGGACCGUGGAGAAAGAGGAGCGCCUUGUCGAGCGGUGGGCAGAGCAGCCAUGUCUUUUUGAUGUUAACUGCCAUUCAUACCACGACAGAGUGGAAAAAGAAAAGAAGUGGACCGAUAUUGCCGAAGCCAUCGACAUGCCUGUUGCUGAGGUUAAAACACGCAGCAUGGCUCUCAGGACACAGUUUUGCCGUCUGCUGAGACCUCUACCAAGUGGGAGUGGGGACAAGGCCCUCACUUCUAAACAAAAGUGGAUCUUGCGACAUUUAGACUUUCUAAAGCCAUUUGUUACGCCCCGCAAUGCUGAGACUACCCUUGCUAUUGACGACAAUGACACAGACACACAGGGGACAGUGGCUGAUGAUGAAGUGUCCUCUCCUGGGGAAAAUUCUUUGGAGACUGCGCCUAGGGCAUCUACACCAGGACCAUCAAGGUCCUCAAGCCCACCAUCACCGGCGCCAAGAGGCUGCCGCCCUUUAAACAAAAAGUCAAGACGUCCCAAUGACAGUGACAUUGAGCUUGAGAAGCUUGAAGUCCUGAAAGAAAUGUCCAACACUGUGAAAUUUGGUUUGAACCCGGAAAAGCAAGAUAGAAUAGAUGAUGAGUCUGGCUUUGGACGACAAGUUGCAGUCGAGGUCAAUCACAUCAAAGACCCAAUUUUGAAAACAAGAGCCAAAAAGAGAAUUAUGACAACACUAUGA